CACUGCUGCUGCUGGUGAUCUUGAGCUUCCUGGUGCUCCGCAGGGUGAACUGGCCCAGGCUGACCCCCUUGUGGCUGAGGCAUCGGCGCUUGGGGCUGCAGGCCAAAGGGCAGAACUUCAUGCUGGAGGACUCGGCCUUCUGGAUCUUCGGGGGCUCUGUGCACUACUUCCGGGUGCCCCGGGAGUACUGGAGGGACCGGCUGCUGAAGAUGAAGGCCUGCGGCCUGAACACCCUGACCACCUACGUUCCGUGGAACCUGCACGAGCCGGAAAGAGGCAGCUUCGACUUCUCUGGGAACCUGGACCUGGAGGCCUUCGUCCUGUUGGCCGCGGAGGUGGGGCUGUGGGUGAUCCUGCGUCCGGGCCCCUACAUCUGCAGUGAGAUGGACCUCGGGGGCCUGCCCAGCUGGUUACUCCAAGACCCCGACAUGAGGCUGAGAACAACGUACAAGGGCUUCACCGAAGCAGUGGACCUUUAUUUUGACCACCUGAUGGCCAGGGUGGUACCACUCCAGUACAAGCACGGAGGACCCAUCAUUGCUGUGCAGGUGGAGAAUGAGUAUGGUUCCUACAACAAAGACCCUGCCUACAUGCCUUACGUCAAGAAGGCCUUGGAGGACCGGGGAAUCGUGGAGCUGCUCUUGACCUCAGACAACAAGGACGGCCUGAGCAAGGGGAUUGUGGACGGAGCGCUGGCCACCAUCAACUUACAGUCACAAAACGAGCUGCAGUUUUUAACCACCUUUCUGCUGAGUGUCCAGGGCGUCCAGCCCAGGAUGGUGAUGGAGUGCUGGACGGGCUGGUUUGACUCGUGGGGCGGCCCCCACAGCAUCCUGGAUUCCUCAGAGGUUCUGGAAACCGUGUCCGCCGUCGUCGACUCCGGCUCAUCCAUCAACCUGUACGUGUUCCACGGUGGCACCAACUUCGGCUUCAUCAGUGGAGCCGUGCACCUCCAGGACUACAAGUCCGAUGUCACCAGCUACGACUAUGACGCGGUGCUGACGGAGGCCGGGGAUUACACGGCCAAGUACACGGGGCUCCGGGAGUUCUUCGGCUCCGUCUCAGGGGCCCCUCUUCCUGCCCCACCUGACCUUCUUCCCAAGACGGCGUAUGAGCCAGUGAUGCCAGCUUUGUACCUGUCCCUGUGGGACGCCCUGCCCUACCUGGAGGAGCCGGUCACCUCGGAGAAGCCGCUCAACAUGGAGAACCUCCCGAUAAACGGGGGGAACGGGCAGUCUUUUGGGUACACGCUGUACGAGACCACCAUCACCUCUUCUGGCAUCCUCAGUGCCUGUGUGCGGGACCGGGGACAGGUGUUUGUGAACACGGUCUCCAUAGGGUUCCUGGACUAUAAGAGGAAGAAGAUUGUCAUCCCCUUGGUCCAGGGGUUCACGGUGCUGAGGAUCUUGGUGGAGAAUUGCGGGCGAGUCAACUACGGGACUAAUAUCGACGACCAGCGCAAAGGUUUAAUCGGAAAUAUCUAUCUGAAUGAUUCUCCCCUGAAAAAGUUCAAAAUCUACAGCCUGGAUAUGAAGAAGAGCUUCUUUCAGAGGUUCCACGCAGACCAGUGGAACCCUCUCCCUGACGUGCCCGUGUUCCCUGCUUUCUUCCUGGGGCCGCUGUUGGUCUCCCUCUCCCCCUGUGACACCUUUGUGAAGCUGGAGGGCUGGGAGAAGGGGGUUGUAUUCAUCAACGGCCAAAACCUUGGGCGCUACUGGAACAUCGGGCCCCAGGAGACCCUCUACCUCCCAGGUGCCUGGUUGGACCAAGGCCUCAACCAGGUCAUUGUCUUCGAGGAGAAGAUGGCGGGUCCGGUGGUACAGUUCACGGAAACGCCCUACCUGGGCCGGCACCAGUACAUGAACUGAGCGGCCCCCAGGCCUCCCGGCGGGGCGGCAGCAGGCCCUCCCUACUGACCGCGGGCCGGCCUGCUGCUGCCCCCUCUGUCCCUCCCCUCGGGAGCCAGGCCUUGGCCCUGCCCACGGCUGCAGUUCAGACCCUCCCCUGCAG